AUGUCGAGCCAAACGCCAUUGCCCCAUCCUACCCAGAACGUGGUUCUGGACACCGCUUCUCUGCCUGCCUCCUCAACAGCUUCGGUAUGGGAUCGCAUCUCGAAAUGGGCGUCCGAGAACAAGGCUCUGGUCUACACCAUUGCCGGUGUUGCUGUCGUCGUGACUAGCGCGGGCGUCGUCUACUACCUCUCCGAUUCCGGUCGCCCUGGCCAAGCUUCCACUCCCACAGAGAAGAAGAAGAGCAAGAACCAGAGGCGGAAGGAGAAGAAGAAGGCGGAGGAGGAAAAGAAGGCUAAGACCGCCUCUGUUCAAGAUGAGCCUGCGGCGAAGAAGGCCGAAGAGCCCUCCGAAGAGCUCCCGGAAGUUGAUGAGGAAACUGUUGGCGAGCUGUCAGAAGAGACGAAGAAGGCUUAUGCAGCCAAGCUCAAGGCUGCCGGAAACAAGGCCUACGGCUCCAAGGAUUACAACAAGGCCAUUGAGCUUUACGGAAAGGCCAUCAUCUGCAAGCCCGACCCCGUGUUUUACUCCAACCGUGCCGCCUGCUACAACGUUCUGUCGGAGUGGGAGAAGGUCGUCGAGGACACCAGUGCUGCUCUUGCCAUGGACAGCGAGUAUGUCAAGGCCCUGAACCGGAGAGCCAUCGCAUAUGAGCAUCUGGAGAAGUUCAGCGAAGCCCUCCUUGACUUCACCGCCAGCUGCAUCAUUGACGGUUUCUCCAACGAGAUCAGCCGUGUUGCUCUCGAGAGACUGCUGAAGAAGGUUGCGGAAAAGAAAGGAAAGGAAAUCAUGGAGGCCAAGGGCAAGAAGCUUCCUAGCCCGACUUUUGUUUCCAACUACCUCCAGAGCUUCCGCCCCCAGGCACUCCCGGAGGGCCUCGAGGACUCCGCCGAUUUGAGUGAGGAGUCUGGCAAGGGUCAGCUGCGCAAGGGUCUAAUUGCCAUGGCCCUGAAGACCGGUGAGGGCUACGAGGAGGCUGCCGCGUCCUUCGAGAAGGCUCUCGAAAUUGGCGAGCUGGCCGAGUUCGAAGCCCUUGCUCUUAAUCUGAGGGCCACCUUCACCUACCUUGAGGGUAACGCUCAGGCUGCCCUGCUGGAUCUCAACAAGAGCGUUGAACUGCAGCCGUCCCUGGUCCAGAGCUACAUCAAGCGUGCUAGUCUGCACCUGGAACUCGGAAACAAGGACGCCGCUGCCGAUGACUUCGAAGUCGCUAUCACCCACAACAAGGAUGACCCCGACAUCUACUACCAUCGUGCCCAGCUCCACUUCAUCCUCGGAGAGUUUGCCGAGGCUGCCAAGGAUUACCAGAAGUCGAUCGACCUCGACCGUACUUUCAUCUACUCGCACAUCCAGCUGGGUGUGACGCAGUACAAGAUGGGCUCUGUGGCGUCUGCCAUGGCCACUUUCAGAAGAUCCGUGAAGAACUUCGAGGAGGUGCCGGAUGUCUACAACUACUACGGUGAACUUCUCCUUGACCAGCAGAACUUCUCCGAGGCCAUUGAGAAGUUCGACAAGGCCGUGGAGAUGGAGACGCAGAGCAAGCCCAUGGGAAUCAACGUCCUGCCCCUGAUCAACAAGGCUCUUGCGUUGUUCCAGUGGAAGCACGACUUCUCCGAGGCCGAGGCGCUCUGCCAGAAGGCCCUGAUCAUUGACCCCGAGUGCGAUAUUGCCGUGGGCACGAUGGCACAGCUUCUGCUGCAGCAGGGCAAGGUCUCCGAGGCUCUCAAGUACUUCCAGCGCGCCGCGGAACUGGCUCGCACGGAGGCGGAGAUCAUCAACGCCAUCUCCUAUGCGGAGGCCACCCGCACUCAGCUGGAGGUGCAGGAGAAGUACCCCCAGCUUGCUGCUCGUCUGCAAAGCAUGGGUGCCGGCUUCGGCGGCCCCCCGGCCAUGUAA